GCCCGACUCCCUUUUCAACCUUCACUGCGAGCGCGGUAACGAGAGGGGCACCUUCAAGCAGGGGUCGAUAAAGAACCACUUGUAAAAUUUAUACACACAUACAAGAACAAUGUCCUUCCUUUCUAUCAGCAGACUAGCUCCAAGACUCCUCAGUUCAAAGAAUGCAGCAUGUGUUGUUGUGGCUGCCAGAAAUGCCAGCGCAUCCACGAAUUUGAAAGACGUCCUGGCAGACCUCAUCCCUAAAGAACAGAGCAGGAUCAAGAACUUCAGACAGCAGCAUGGCAAAACCACAAUUGGUCAGAUCACAGUGGACAUGGUUUAUGGAGGAAUGAGAGGCAUGAAGGGUCUAGUAUACGAGACAUCUGUGCUCGACCCCGAUGAGGGCAUCCGUUUCCGUGGUUACAGCAUUCCAGAGUGUCAGCAGCUGUUGCCCAAGGCUCCUGAUGGAGAAGAGCCGCUGCCAGAGGGUCUGUUCUGGCUGCUGAUCACAGGACAGGUGCCCACUGAGGAGCAGGUGACUUGGUUGUCUAAGGAGUGGGCUAAGCGUGCGGCCCUUCCCUCUCACGUGGUCACCAUGCUGGACAACUUCCCCACCAACCUGCACCCCAUGUCUCAGUUCAGUGCUGCCGUCACGGCUCUGAACAGCGAGAGCAGUUUCGCUCGGGCGUACUCUGAGGGAGUUAACAAGGCCAAGUACUGGGAGUUUGUGUAUGAGGACUCCAUGGACUUGAUUGCCAAGCUCCCCUGUGUGGCGGCCAAGAUCUACCGUAAUUUGUACCGUGAAGGCAGCAGCAUCGGAGCCAUCGACUCCAACCUGGACUGGUCACACAACUUCACCAACAUGCUGGGCUACAGCGAUCCACAGUUCACAGAACUCAUGAGGCUCUACCUCACCAUCCACAGUGACCAUGAGGGUGGAAAUGUCAGCGCUCACACUAGUCACCUGGUUGGCAGUGCCCUGUCCGACCCCUACCUCUCCUUCAGCGCAGCUAUGAAUGGUCUGGCUGGACCUCUUCACGGACUGGCCAAUCAGGAGGUGCUGGUAUGGCUGACAGCCCUACAGAAGGAGCUCGGUGGUGAGGUGUCAGAUGAGAAAAUGAGAGAUUACAUUUGGAACACGCUCAAAUCAGGAAGAGUGGUGCCAGGCUACGGCCACGCUGUACUGAGGAAGACAGAUCCUCGCUAUACCUGUCAGCGUGAGUUUGCCCUCAAGCACCUUCCCAACGACCCCAUGUUCAAGCUGGUAGCUCAACUCUAUAAGAUUGUACCCAACGUGCUUCUGGAGCAGGGCAAGGCUAAGAACCCCUGGCCCAAUGUAGAUGCCCACAGCGGAGUCCUUUUGCAAUAUUAUGGCAUGACUGAGAUGAACUAUUACACUGUGUUGUUUGGCGUGUCCCGAGCUUUGGGUGUCCUCUCCCAGCUGGUGUGGAGCAGAGCCCUUGGCUUCCCUCUGGAGCGUCCCAAGUCCAUGAGCACAGACGGACUCAUGGAUCUAGUUGGGACCAAAUCAGGCUAGAGAGGGAGAGACCAUGCCAGCGAAGUGGGGACAGGAAAGGGAGGAACUUAAACAAUUAGAAACAAGCCCCUGGACUAAGGGAUUUAGAGAGACAGUACACUUUUAAAUUUCAUCUAAAAAGGCCUUUGUUAUUAAUAUAACAUCAAGAUUACAGAUCCCAUUUACACGUUUAUUAGUCUUUCUUACCCAAAAUGCACGUGUAGAAGCAUUACACAGUCAUUGCUUGCGGUCGCUCCUUUUAAGUUUUCCCGCAGAUUUUCCCGACCGUAUAACGCAGCUAUGGAUGUAGCGAGGUGGUUUGAUGGAGAAGGCACAGCCGAGAGCGAUACGUCUUUCCAGAAACCACCUCUCUCCUUAUUUAAACUAAUAAUGUCUAUUAAAUACUAGUUCAGAAGAGUUAAUUCACCUAGUAUGUAAAUAAAGCCUUUAUUCUCAGCUCUCAUAACAAUUAUUUCAGUUUUUGCCUUGUAUUUUUACUCUCCUGAGAUCAGAUGUUCCACUUGAGCCUCUGUUUGUAGGAGGAAAUGAAAUGUCAACACCCUGCUCUUGAGCCUCCGAGUGAAAUUUGACUAGGCGUCCCUCUAGCAAACAUCAUGUUUCUUCUUUUAAGAGCACUCCAUGUUGGCAAUACAGUCCUCUCUCAAUAGAACUGAUUCUAUGAGUUCAGUUCAACUUGGGAAGCUUGUAUAUUUGUUUAAAUGGGUACUGCCCCUUUAGGUUAUCUCUCAUAUUGCUCUCUGACUUCAACCAAUUGUCUUCAUUUUCCUGUGUGUUGUUUGGAAGCACGUGUGGUGCCCUCUUUAUUUAAAAUGACCUGGCAUUCUGAAUUUCAUCAGCGGAUAUAUUGGCUUUAAUUUGUUAAAGAUUUGUGUCAUUCACACAAGUAAGUCUAGUCGCAGGUGAUGCGUGUAUCAACUUGAGAGCAAGUCAAAUUUGUGGCGUUUAUUUGUACGUUCAUCCAAGAGCCCUCAAAAUCUACUUCUUUUUACCUGUUUAGAGUUAGUGUCUCCCCCCCCCCCCCCCCCCGGUGUUUUGAAGAAUGAUGUAUUGUAUCAAGAGAAAAACUAUCAUUUUGUGUAGGUAUACAUAAGCUGUGGUUUUAUUUAUUCAUGUAAAUAUAGCUUGAAUGUAUGAACUGCAUAUCAAAACAGUCUCCAUCUCUGUUAGUCAAACCACUUAUCUGUGAUGACUCGCUUAACCCUUUAUUUUUAGUAUACUGUACCUUUAAUAUAAUUUAAAACAUGACUUGUACAUAACAUGUACUGCACACUGGUCCUGCUAUCUUGCAUGCUUGCUUUCAGGUUGUUGUUGUUGUUUUAUUGACAAUCUAGCAGCUAUUUUAGCUAGUCAGUCCAUAAGCACUCCAUUAACUCAAUGGCACUUUUCCCCCACUCAUCAUUUCCUACUCGUCUAAUAGCGUGAGAGUAACUGUCCAGGUUUCCAUGCCCUUUUCCAAUGUGACUGUUUUCAUCAUGAUGUACAUGAUUGGCUUAUGCUCUGUAGGGUUCAUUUAAAUAACGAGGAAUGUGAAUAUGGAGAUGAUUGGUUGAAGUCGGAUUGACCUGGGGAAAUGGGGAGGGGAACGAGAACAAGGGAAAUGACUCUGGAUUGAUUGGGAAAAAGAAGCUUAGGCGAACAAAACCGAAAAUGGGAACACUUGACAAAAAAGGAAAACCAAUAAAUGUUUUUAACAAA